AGGACACGGUACCGGUUCCACGGGUCUCGCGGGGGCGGCGCGCCACGGCGGCAAGCACCGCGACGCCGGCCGCCACCGAGAGGAGAGAGAACGCCUCGGCAGGCCUGGCCGAAGCCGAGCUGGUAAUCAGUGUCGUUUCCGCGCCAGCACUGGCCACCACGCGCCAGAUUACGCAGAUUACGUACGCUCCGCACACCCCCCGCGCGCACCCCGGCCCUCGUGCCGCGACCGUAUCCCCGGAUUCUGUGCCAGUGCGACGGGGCUGAGGCCCUGCGUACCACCGUAUUUGUGCGUCCAUCCAAUUUUCAAAACUCGAGGAACGAAGAGGAAGGAAGAAAGAAGGAAGAAAGAAGAGAAGGUGACUUUGGCAUCUGAUCGAGCGUCGAGCGUACAGUUGUGAUUAACAGGAGUGGAGAUCGAACGAUCGUCAUGCCGAUCUCGUAGAGAAAACUGUUCCCCGACUUAAAUGGGGGGAUCCGGUGGUGCCGGCUCGCUCGAUCCACGCCGGAUUCCGGGAAUAACGGGCCCCGGGAAUAGUCGUGCGGAAUGCCAACCCGUGAACGCGAUGAUACAACUGGCGAGGUUGUACUGCUGAGAUCAUCUCUGCUCGGAGCGACGCUGUUACGACGAUGACGCGGUUACCCGUUCGAGCCUCCGAGUUUCGCGUCCGUGUGGAGGGAUAAGCGGAGGAGAACAGAUGAUUCUUCGACUCCUCCUCGCGGAUGAGGGAGAACUGACAGUGACAGUGAGAAUUGAGUGACCGAUCGAAAGUGAGAACAGAAUCCGUGACUGCCUAACCCGACUCUCCGAUCCCGAAUCGUGUGAACUUAAUUCGAAUCAAGAGAGAGGAAAAAGAGAGGAAAAUAAGUGGAAUAAUAAUCGUCGAAAUGAGCGGAGGCGAGGGCGUGGUGACGGGUCAGGGAGCCGGCAACGAUCGCCUCUGCGAGGACGUCGACAUGGCUACGUCGACGUCCGCCUCGUCGAAUUUGAAGCCGCGGAGCGGCAAGAUCAGUUUCAGCGUCGAUUCUUUGCUGAGCGACAUGAAGAGGACGGGGGGCGGCCCGUUCGCGAGGCGAGAGAACGAGGAUCAUCGCGUGGAGACGGAGAAGAGCCUCGACAUGGAGGCGAGGUAUCGCGAGUUGCUGUUGGAGCAGCAGAGGCUGCAGAGCAGGGAGUUGUUGGCGAGGCUGAGCCCGCACGGGCUCGCGUUCGCGAACCACCAUCACCACCACCACCACCACCACCACCACCAUCACGGCCAACCGUCGAACAGGGUGGAACAGGAUCAGCAUCAUCCGUCGGCCGGCCGUCAAGGAGAGAUCCUCACCGUGAAGGAUUUCUCGAGGACGGCAGGGAGCCGCGACAAGUCCUCGUCCCCGAUCAGGAUAGAGCAGGAGGCGCAGAGGGAGCGGGACGACAGGCGACUGUCCUCGAGCUCGCCCGCGAGCAGGGCCGAGCCGUCCACGAUGCUCCAGAGGGAGCAUCCAGGGGGAUGCCAGCAGGACGAGGACGAGAGGAUCGGCGAUCCGACCCUCCGCUCCUCCGUGUCGCCUGCAAGCAGGCGGGAGAUGAUGGACGACAGGAGCGACUCGGAGGCGAACCGUUCGCUGGAGGGGGACAGGGCCGACCACCUCGAUCUCGAGGAACAGAGCGAGAUAAGGAGCGUGGCCCACUCGGAGGAUUUGAACGUGAUGGACUCGGACUGCGAGCUGGAGAGGGAGGUGGACAACGGGCAGGAGAAGGAGGAGAAGUCGAGCCCCGUUGUGCCCCAACCGAUUCAUCCAGGGGUUCAGAGGCCGUCUCAGGGGCCCCCUUACCUCCCCGGCGCACCCGGCGCCCCCGCCUGGAAUCCCGCGGGAUUCCCGCACUCCCUCGCGGGCUUCGCGUGGCUACCGCCACCCCCGCACCCGCACAACCCGCACGGACAUCUGUACACGCCUCACGGGGGGCCCACCAGUCCGAACGGUGAAAAUUUGGUUCCAGAACAGGCGGGCGAAGGCGAAGCGUCUCCAAGAGGCGGAAAUCGAGAAGCUGAGGUUGUCGGCGAGGCCGUUGCUGCACCCGAGUUUCGGCUCUGGCCUAAUGUUCUCCGGAGUGGGGCCACCUGGGACACCAGGAGUGCCUCCCUUCAUCGCGGCGGCCAUGGCUAGGCACACCCAUGUCGCCGCGGCGGCGGCCAUGUUCAUGGGGCCCCCUGGACACAGGCCUUAAUAAGGGAGAGGCGAGCCGCGCGGGUCGCCGAGUGUCGCUCGUAUCAGUCUUCCGCACUCUUCCCGCUGGGCUGGCGUACGACGGCGCUGCGUCGUUAAAAACUCGUCGUCCCAACGGAAGAAGGAAAAGUGACGACCGCGCCAACUCGCUGGGAAAUUUUCUCGAAUCUACGGGGUGACGGGAAGAGUUUCGCGUCUCACAGUGAUUUUUAUUCGUGGAGGAGGGUUUUUGGAAAAUUAAAAAAACCGUUCAUCGUCGAGAAAUAUCGAACUGAAGGUGAAGGAAAAAAUUGAAGACGAAGCUCGAAAAAAUUCGCGGUUGGAGAACGACGAAGCAUAAAUCGACGGCGACUUUAACUGCCUUCUCUCUUUCGAGAAGAGACGAAAUUUGUGAAACUUCGUGCUCCCUCCUCUCCUGCCCAUUUCCUUUUAUUUUUCUACGCUCGCGAAUUUUAUCAAUUAACGGUUCGCGUGGAUGAUUUGGAUCGAUGCUCGUUCGGAAGAAAGCAUUUAGAAAGCAUUUCAAGCCGUUGAUCUCAUCGUGGAAAUUUCGUUGUUACUUAACGAUUUCUAUCGUGUACAUAUUGUAAAUAUGAUUCUCUAUCGGAUAUGUAUAAGUGUGUACGUAUGUAUAUAUGAAUAUUAAUAUAUCGACACGCGAUGUACAGGAUUUCACGAAUGAAUUUUCGUGGAAAAUGGACGACCCCCCCCCGGCUCCUUCGCCUCGUUUCUACUUCUAAAAGUAUAUCAAAUUUGCCGGGAUAAUCGAGAGAUAAUCGAAGAUACAAUCUACUUCUAUCUACAGAUGGUUAUAUUGAGAAUCGUGGUUCGUUCGUUUGAUGAAUAAAAUGGAAAAAAAGAGGGAAGAAUUUUUCGAAACUCGUCGAUCGAUUCGCGGUACAAAAAUCUCUUUGGCUCUCCCUUUUUUUCUUUUUCAAACGAGACGAAAAAAUUCGAAUUCAAAGAGCGUACGUGUACAUACGUGUCCAAGGGACGAGGGAAAAAAAUGUAAAUUCCGAUGUGGAGGAUCCACACCGCGACGAGGUCCCGGAUGUACCUUAAGCGCCCUGUAUAAAUGUAACAUGAUAAUUUAUCCAUGGAAGUAUACCAUAGCGAAAUAAAAAUGAUUUCACUAUUUA